UUGCUAAACAGAGCAGCAGUUUUGAUGGGGAUGGCGUUAGUCCUGCUCGUUCUGAUGAUUCUAGGGAUGCAAGUGGAAGCAGCAGCUGAUGAAAGAGGCUUUGUGAAACAACCACGUUCCCUUCGUAGUCUUUUUCAUGUCUCAGCUGUUCCACAGAAGACCUUAGCAUUCAAUUCAAACCAAUACCUGAAGCACUGGCUCCUCAAAAGCACAGCAGCUCAACAUGAUGGUACAGCACAAACCACUGACCAAAGUGCUACAAGAACUAUUGCAGAUACCAAGUCCAAGCAACCAAGAGUCAACAGCAACACAGCUGGUGCUGGUACACAAGCCAAGCUGCAGAAGAUGGUCUCAGCCCUGGAGGAAUUUCACCGGGCAUUUAACAGAACCCGGAGCUCACAGCUUACCAUCAUGCCACGAGUAAGCAGCAGAAAUUCUGGGGGAAAAGAUAAAGUGCGCACUGCUGCUGAAGGAGCGGUGAAUCCCACCACUGCGUGCCCAGUACUACUUGACAGCACUGCAUCCAAAGCCAGUGCAGACAUCAUCCCAAGCCUGACUGGUCGAAACUUUAGGAAGUCCUUCCCACCACAGACCAAGAAGUCCAACAAAAGAGUGUGUUUCUGGAAGUAUUGCUCUCAGAAAUGACAGCUUUUCAGCCGCGGCUCACUUUUGUGUCUCAUCUUCUUCCUUUCGCUCAUCUCCCCUUCCAUCUACCCAAGCAUGUGUCUCCAUUUUUUAUUCAUCCUCAUCCUCUUCUGUAUCUCCUGCCUGACUUCUGAGUGCUAAGAAACUGUGGCUAUGACAACAGAAAGAUCUUCAUGCUGAACCAGGCCGGCGCCAGCCUUUACUUGGACCUUUUCAUUCAUGCAUCAACUAACAAGACAGACCAGUCAAAGCAAACCUUGUGCGCCCUUGGUCAAGAC